GCAGCGGUAAAACUCGAAGCUCUGAACGCGGUCCGCUGUCACAUAAAUCUGUGCGUGGUCUCUGCGUGGGCUGAGCGGCUUUUCCCGGUGAGUGACAGAUUGAGCGUGAGGUCCUGAGCGCGCAUGAAUAAAAAGGGCUCUGAGAAAAAGCGCCAUGUGGUACCCUGGCUCAACAAAGCGGAGUGGGAGCAGGUUCGAGACAACCUUUUUUCCAUGGACUCCUCCCAGCAGAGGUUUGCGUUAGAGAGGAUAUCGGCGUGGAGGGCCAGGUGCACUGAUAGUUUCCCCCUGACCGUGGAAUCCACAGCGUACCUCGUGCGCUGCCAGAUGCGGGACCGCUCCGGACAGCUUACCGGAGAGGACUUGAUCAUGAUGUACGCGAUGGCCCUGGUAAAAUUUGUUCAUCUUACCUUGGAGUCCCGGCAGAGGAGAAGGGGCAAGCCGCUGAGGCAACUGGCUAGAAAGUUGAACAUCCCCGAGUGGGUGGUGGAUCUAAGGCACGAAAUCGUGCAUCACAAGUUUCCUUCUUUGAAAUUGUGCCGAAAGGGAUGUAAGGUGGUCCUGGAGUGGCUCCAGCAGGAGUUUUGGUCCAGACAGCCAGGAGGAGCCCCCGAUGAGCGCUGGGACCUGCAGUCGGAUGGCGAGGAUGAGGAAGCUGAUGUUAAGCUCAUCCAGGAGGAUGAGCUCGUUGCCAGGCAGAAAGAAGUGGACGCCUACAGAAAAGCUCGGGAGCUGCUGAUCUCUUAUGAGAAGGACCAGUACCAAGCUUCUGAUGAUGGGUCUUUUGAAGACAAGGACAAGAGCUUGUGGCAGGCCCCCUUAGCUGACAUGAGUCGGUUGCUGGGUAAGAUCAAGCAGUUUGCACUGGAGUCCAGUGAGCUUUUGAUUGAUGUGCUGCUGGAGGACGGAUUUCUUGUUCCCACCAUGGAGCAGCUGGAAACAUUAGGCUGUGCAACCUCUGACAGUGCCAGUCCCACUGAGCCCAGAGUCCCACAAACCUUCCUGCGUUUUUGGCUGCUCCUGCUGAAGAUGCUGAACUCUCCAUCUUUCAUUCACCUGUUCCUGGAGAAGCUCUUUGUGGAACUGAAGCUGCUCAGUAAAAAAGAGCCCAACGGUCACAGGUGUUUCUAUAUUUCUGCAUGGAUUUCAGAAGUGCUCCUCUGCAACAACAACAAAUCUGAAUAUCAUUUUGAGACAAAGUUGCAGAAGAAAGCCAGAAUGAAGGACAGGAUUUUUAUCAACCGCAUCCAGCUGAGGUGGCAGCAGCUUCUCUCUGCAUGUCUGGAUGCCCCCUGCAUCAGCACGCCUCACCUGAUCCAGCUCAUCCUGGAUGACAUGGAGCAUCCCCCCCCUCAGGAAACCAGAGAGAAGCUGUUCCAGCUCUGCUGCAUCUACACACAGACAGAGCGCUCCGAGGACAGCACACCUCUGCAGCAGCAGCCCAUAUAUACUGUGGAGAUGCUGCUGGACAAGAUGCAACACUCCUGGCAGGACGCCCGUCCCUUGCAUUCCUCACCGAUGGACACGGAGAGAAGUGAGGAGUGCAAAUGGGCAGAGGCUGCAUCCCCGGGGGCCUCAGCUCCAGCCCGGCCAGCUGAGGGCCUCCGCUGGAGCAACAGAGACCUCAACAGACUGAAAUGUGGACUGAAGCUGUUUUAAGUCUCAUUCCAGCCUCCGCUCACUCUUGUUGUGCUAGAAGCAGUUUUGAACAAAGACAAAAUGUUGUGGGAGCUUUAACCAUGAGCAUUAAUGAUGAACACCAGUGCAGAGCUGGGAAGGGAGAUGCACCCAGGGCUGUUCAUAAGGACAGCGGUAGACCUCAGAAAACCCUGGAGGGUGAUAAUCAGACCUACAUCCAGCUGCAGAGCCACACUAACAACCGCAGCAAGCCCCACCGUGAACGUAAACACCGGCAGACCAACAGACACGCCUCCAGCAGGGCAGAUACAGACAGAGGUAGCAGCGGCACCAGCAGUAGCAGCAAAUAUGGAGUCAUAAAGGGUUCAGAGUGGAUUUGAAACACGACUAUGUAAAACAGCUUAGCUAUUUAGCUCAGUUCAGUCAAUAAGCUUUGUAUAGCAGGAAAAUAGAGCGCGGGAAAGUAUCAGAAAUAAUAUCUUGAAUACCUUUUGGGCUAAGAUUUUGGUGCCCUGUUUUUGUUUACCUUGUUUAAGCAGAGACUUUAAUGCUGCAAUUGAAAGUGCCUUACUUAAACAAUCUAAAAGCAGCUUCAUUCAAACUGAGCAACCCGUUAUGUUACAGAAUUAAAGUUUUUUUUCAUUGCCACAGUUAAAGGUUUGAAUAAUUUUGUUCAUGAAUAUUCAAAAUUGUUCUUCAGUUUCUUUUUAGUGUAGAUCGUUUUCCCACAAGCAACAAAAAGGCUGUUUUCACCUAUGUAGCCCUAAACCGUAUGAAUCAUUAGAUCUCGUCUUUAACAUGCCAGUUCUCUAGUAAAAAAUGCAUGAUGUUUAAUUGUACAAAAUCAAGAAUAGAGAAUAUUCUGCUGAGUUCACAGUUAAUGAGGGGUCAUCCUGUUUCCUGCCUCCUGCACGCUAUAGUCAGGCAGUGCCCUCCUCACGACCACAGGGAGUUUGUCCGGGAGUCUAAAUGCAGCUGACUGGAAUGUCCUGCUGUCUGUUUUAUGUAAGUUAAAACAACAAUGGUCUAAUUCUGAUGAUUUUUUUAGAAGUUGUGUUUCAAAACAGCUGACAAAAAAUAAGAGACAGUAUGUUUCAGCUGGUAAUUUCACCAUAUUUUCCUUUUGGUAAUUUAAAAGCAUUCCCACUAUUUUUGAGAAAGAAAAGAGAGGUUUUCAUUAUUGUUUCGAGAGGCAAGCUUAAAAAAAGUCAUAUAUUAUAGUACAGGUAUUACCUUUUUUUAACAUACUGUAUUUUUUCAUUCAUCCAGUAGUGUACAUUAAAAAGAACGAGUGUAUCAAGCUUUUUAUAUGCUUCAUUUGUUUCUUUCUUUUAUCAAUCUUUUACUUUGAUUUCCAUAUUUUCAGUCUGAAAGGCCA